GGACAUUCCAAAAAUUCAGGCAGAUACAAAGGAAGAUAUACUUUAUAUACAAGAGGAAAUUAAAACUGCCGCCUUAAAAACAGUAGAAAAACAUUUUGGAAGUGAUGCUGAUCUCCAGUUAGGUCAAACUGUCGCAACUCUCGUUAAGAAGGCAGCUCCAAAUUUGGAAGUGAAUGGGCUAGAUUAUAAUGUAGUUCUCAAGGAAAAGGACGAUACGGAACCACUUAAUGAAAACUUAAAACAUAAAGUACAAAUGCUUCAGGCAGAAAUCGAAGAGAAGACUGUACUUAUCGCGCAAAAGCGGAAAACAUUACCUGAUCAAGCGGAAGUUUUAAUUCAAGAUAUGAUAAAGAAACAGUCGAUACUG